UAAGGUUUUGACUACAAACAAAUUCAAAUGUAACAAUACUCAGUUUUGUUUUUAGCUCCAAACUACAUAAUCUUGCCUAUCUCUUUGUUAGCUAGUGGUUGAGUGGAUUGGUCAUGACUCACCGGACACGGUUCAAAUGCAGCCACAAUAAUAACAACAGCAAUUCAAUCAUAGACAAAUUAUAAUGACUCAGAUUUCAUCAAUACUAGACGAAUGAAACAUAUAAAUUUCUUACUUUCUUAUUGAAGAUGAAAAUGAUUUUUUAGUUUGCAACGACUGGUUAAUUUUCUCCUUAACUUAUACAUAUGCUACUUUCUUAAUGUAAGUAUCUUAAUUCAAUAAGAUUCUAAGAUUCUCGGAUAGUAUAGCCAACUAUUUCCGACAUAUAUAAAUAUAUUUAGUUCCUCUUCAAAACAGACAUCAAAUAUGGAUCUCUUCUCUACCAUUUUUACCUUCAUACUUAGUGCAAUUCUUAUUCUCUUCUUAUUGUUUUCUUUGUUCAUACUCAAAAUAUACAGCAACAAAUCAAUCACAAAUAGGGAAUAUGCACCUGUAAAGGGAACAGUUUUUGAUCGGAUCUUCUACUAUAAGAAUCUGUAUGACUACCAGACUGAACUUGCCAGAAAACAUCCUACAUUCCGGCUACUAGCUCCUGCACAAAGCAAAAUAUUCACAACUGACGUACGAAAUAUUGAACAUAUUCUUAAGACCAACUUUCAAAAGUAUUCAAUAGGCCAGUAUAGUCAAGAUAUUUGCAGAGAUCUUUUUGGUGAAGGAAUAUUCGCAGUCAAUGGAGAUAAGUGGAGGAAGCAGAGAAAGCUUGCGAGCUUUGAAUUCUCAGCAAGAGUUCUUAGAGAUUUUAGUUGUUCUGUGUUUCGAACAAAUGCUGGCAAACUUGUUAGAGCUGUUUCAUUGUUUUCAGUUACAAGGGAGGUUUUUGAUAUGCAAGAAAUACUACUGAAAUUCACUUUGGAUUCCUUAUUCAAAGUUGGGUUUGGGGUGGAAUUGAACUGCUUGGAGGGAACUAACAGAGAAGGUGGUGUUUUUAUGAAGGCCUUCGAUGAAUCAAAUGCUCUUGUCCAUUGGCGCUAUGUGGAUCCAUUAUGGAAGUUGAAAAGGUUUUUCAACAUUGGUUUUGAGGCCUCCCUUAAGAAGAAUAUCAAAGUUCUUGAUGAUUUUGUCUACAAUCUUAUCAUGAAAAAGAGGAAUCUGCUAGCAGUGCAACAGGAUUGUAAUGAGAAGGAAGAUAUACUUUCGAGGUUUCUGAUGGAGAGCAAGAAGGAUCCAGAGGAAAUGAAUGAUAAAUACCUGAGAGAUAUUAUUUUGAACUUUAUGAUUGCUGGCAAAGAUACCACCGCUAGUACUCUCUCAUGGUUCUUCUAUAUGCUUUGCAAGAACCCUUUAAUUCAGGAAAAAAUUGCACAAGAAGUUAGACAAGUCAUUGAUGUUCACAUGGACCAAGAUAACAUCGAUGGUUUCAUUGAAAAUAUAACUGAAGCAGCGCUAGAUCAAAUGCAUUAUCUUCAUGCAGCAUUGACAGAAACCUUAAGGCUAUAUCCUGCAGUUCCUGUGGAUGGAAGGUGUGCAGAAACAGAUGACAUUCUUCCUGAUGGCUACAAACUUAAAAAAGGCGAUGGAAUGAUAUAUAUGGCCUAUGCCAUGGGCAGAAUGUCCUACAUUUGGGGUGAAGAUGCUGAGGAUUUCAUGCCUGAAAGAUGGCUCAAAAAUGGAAUUUUUCAACCUGAAUCGCCAUUCAAAUUCAUAGCAUUUCAUGCUGGUCCUCGGAUUUGCUUAGGAAAGGACUUUGCUUUCCGGCAGAUGAAGAUAGCUUCGAUUGCCCUUCUUCAUUUCUUCCGCUUCAAAUUAGCAGAUGAUACAAGAAAUGUGACUUAUAGGACCAUGUUUAUACUUCACAUUGAUGGAGGCCUUCCCCUCCUUGCAAUUCCAAGAACGCAUAAUAUUUAGCUUAUCUGAAUAAGACCUUCUGUAGAUUGUACGUUGUAUGCAUCAUUUUAUGUUCUUUAUGAAGAAAUUUUAGUCAUUUUCUGUUCUUUA